AUGUACCCAUUAUCAUCGUCGUAAUAGUCGAUUAACACAAAAUUAAUGUGUAGGCGUUUGUAUAACUUUACUUUCGUUGCGAAUCACUUUUUUUUAAAGGUGAACAUGAAGUGUUACAUUUCCUUUUUUUUUUGUGGGACUGUUCUCUGCAAGUUACUCUAUGCUAUAAUUGAUAGAUUGAUGUAUUUAAAGCAUGUGACUACCAAUUGAAUUUAGCAAUAAAAGUUCCCUUAAUGAUAGGGCAGAGUGGGUAAUUUUCUAAAUUGACAGCUUUUCCGUGGAAUAUUUUUCAUUCUAAAAUUGUAUUUUUUUGCACUACAGACUUUCCUUUUGAUUGAUGUGUUAUGCUUGCAAUAGGGUUUUCACCCAGUUAUUCCUUCUUUCAGCCCAUUCUAAUCUCUCCCGCUCCUUCCAAAAAAAAAGCUUUCGUACCUUUUUGUUGCCUCCAUUCCUUCUGGAUCUUCCACCCAUGAUAUCUUAACCCCUUAUACUCACCUCUGUGUACCCUAGCCCUCAGUCCCCCUUCUUCCUUUAUCACCCUAUACAGUCUGACCAACCAUUCCACCUGUCUCCUCCCUUGUAAUUAUUCGCAACCCAACUCCUUAAUAAUUUCCAUCAGACUAUUUAUUUCCCCUUCUUGCUCUUCCCUUCUCCUCCACAUACCUAUCACUAGAGAUGGGGAAAAAUGGUGUAACGAUUUUUCCGCGAAUUUUCGCGAAAAACGCGAAAAAAGAUUUUUAUAACUAUAAAACGUGAAAUUCUGAAAAUCUCCGAAAAAAAAUGUUAAAAUAUGAAUUAUUUGUGACUUUAUAAAAGAUUAUGUGCGCGAUGUCACAAAAUACGAUGUUCACAAAUUAGGUUGGAAAUACCACUUAUUUUAAAACACCUUAGCUGUCUUUUAGCAUCUUCCAUUUGCCAGAAACAUUACGCCUAUCAAUUCAGAAUAUUACAUAUUGCAGUACUUAUUCAGCCGGCAGCCUCCAUAUUUACACACAGCAGUCCUUAUCCUUCCCCUUCGCUUCACAAUAGAAUACAAAAUAAUUUUUCCGUUGAUUAAAUUUUUCAUUGCUUUACUCCGCUGCUUAAUUAGUUCUUUCCGAAUACCUGGUACCGAAAAAAAUGUUAUAUAAUGUUUUUGUAAACAUUUAUUACGCCAUCCCGAAUUCUGAACUCGAUAUUCGUUUGUUUUCGUUGACGCCAGAUUGCAACGGAAGACAAUUGAAUGCGCUAGCAGCGAGCACACGUACCAACGUACCAAUUUUUCGUUAGCAAAACAACACGUGACGUGUGUUAUCUUUCGGGAUACCUAGUUAAUUUGCCGUGUUCAUUAAUAUUCUAUAAUUUGCAAAAGUUUACACGGGCAGGCAGUUUAAGUAAAACAAGAAUCCUUGUAGGUUUUGACUUAUUUACUGCUAGGCCCAAUAUAGCGAUGCCAAAAUUUAAAGCAUCUUGCUUAUCGCGGGCGACGGAAUUUAAAUCGGAAGGGCUGUACGUUUCCAACAACAUUUUGUUCUGCAAAUGGUGCAAUUGCCGAGUUUAUUACGAGAGAAGGGACACUGUUGUCAAACAUGUUGCUAGUAAGGUAAGUGUACCAGAAGUCGUCAUCGCACCAGUAGUCGUCACUUAUAAAUAAAAAAAUUAAUAUUAAGUGCAAGUAUGCAAAGUCUCGCGAUUCGAACGUAUUAAAAUUCAGAUUGAUAGUCACUUAUUUUUGUCGACAUAAAGAUUUUCGGAACGCACCCGAUUACAUAAGGGGAAUUCCCGCAUCUAAGAGGCUGUGCACCAUACUCCGAGAAGUGGUAUAUACUGCUGUUGGUUUGUGCUAAGAAGGUAAGUAAUUAGUUUUUUCAAUUAUUGCAUUCGUAUUUCUUUCAGGGUAAUGUUUGCAUUUUUAUGUUUCUAAGAGGUGUUUAGCAAAAUAUCUGGCAUAUUAAGUCUAGCGAUACUAUGCAAAGUUACAAAAAAAAUGUGGGUGACGAGCACUGGAUCACUUAAUACCAUAAAUCACCAGUUUUCGUCAUGCCUGACGAACACUGGUACAUGUCAGUUAUUUUUAAAAUCGAAUAUCUGCAUUCGUUAAAAUGUAUAUUACAUCAUGAUAAGUUAACUGUGUUUGUAAAACAUCCAAUCAGUGAUCAGGACCAGUAGUUGUCACAGGUGACGAACACUGGUACAGAAUCAUGACGAAUACUAGAACAUUAGCUUAAAAAAUAAUUAACAUACUAAAAUUAGAACUAUUUGAAAACUUACCCUCAUUAGUGUAUUUUGCUUCCUCCCCGAUAAUAUAUAAUUUUGGUUACAUAUAAGUAUUGGAUUAUUUUCAUUAAAAUAAACAUUUCUCGAUAUGAUUUGAAAAUAGUUUGUAAGUAUUUCAUUCGGUAUUAGUUUGAUGUCAAAUCAUAAAUUAACACAAUAAAACUCAUUUGCAGUGCCAUGCUGAGAGGAAGCAUACUGAAAUAUGAGCCCCACCAGAUGGAAGAGGCUUUGCAGGCUGUGAAGGACGGGAUGUCCAUAAAACAGGCAGCAGAAAGACAUGGUGUUCCGAGGAACACACUUUCGGAUAAAGUAAAGGGCAAGACACCUAUAGGACGAAAAAUGGGACCCGAAUCUUGGCUUAAGAAAGAGGAAGAGAGCAUGCUAGUGCAGUGGGCUCUUUCUCUCUGUAAAGCAGGAUUCCCGAUUACCAUAGACGACUUGCAGAAUAGUGUGCAGCAGUUAUCUAAGGAGUUAAGGAGGCCUUUUCCUUUUAAAGAUGGGCGGCCAGGUAGGAAAUGGUGCACAUCUUUCCUUAAAAGGAAUCCAGGUUUAACCUUGAGAACUGCACAAAAUCUGACUUCCAGUCGGGCAGCUGUCUCGCAGGAACAGAUAUCAGCAUGGUUUAGGGAAGUAUACAAGUACUUGGAGGAGAACAAGCUGGAAGAUGUUCUGUCUGACCCAAGAAGAAUUUUCAACGGAGACGAGUCUGCUUUUUUCCUGAACCCUAAGGGUAACAAAGUUCUGGCCAAAAAAGGAGACAAAAACAUUUUUCAGCAAGUCAACUCUGACGAAAAGGAAUGUAUCACUGUAUUACUGACUGGGAAUGCAGCUGGUGAACUUUGCCCACCACUGCUGUGCCUCAAGUAUGAAAGGCUUCCACAGGAUAUUGUAGCAGGAAUACCUUCCGAGUGGGGAAUUGGCAAGUCACCAAAUGGUUGGAUGACUGGUGAAGUAUUUUAUGAAUUUCUGACUAACAUAUUUCACCCAUGGUUGGUGAAGAAGGAGAUAACUUUACCAGCAAUUAUUUUCAUUGAUGGCCAUUCAUCACAUCUGACUCUGAACAGCAGCACAUUCUGCAAAGAUCAUGGGAUAGUUUUAGUGGCGUUAUUGCCUAAUUCCACCCACAUACUGCAGCCCAUGGAUGUCGGAGUCUUCAAGCCACUCAAAAGUGCAUGGAAAAAUGUAGUUCAUGAGUGGCGACUGCAGCGUGUGGCUCACAAGGAAGACCCCACACUAAAGAAGAAAGAUUUCGCCAAACUGCUGGAUACUGUGAUCGCGAAAGUUGUCACCCCAGAAAUACUGCAGCACUCGUUCAGGAAAAGUGGAAUUUUCCCAUGGGAUCCUUCUGCAGUGGAUGAGGACAAGUUCGUUUCUAGGCCCUCCAGUGUCCCAUGCACACCAGCAUCAACACUUUCCUCACCUACACCCAAGACUCCAGAAAGUAAUAUUGGUAGUUCUCGGGUUGUUGAGCACUUGGAAAAGUUUCUGGGACAUAACAAAUUGAAGCUUUUCAAUGAAUCGGGAGAUGUGUGGCAGGGAGAUGUUAGAGACACGUCCAUAUUUGAAUAUUGGAGACAUGUUAGAAAUUACGACAAGGUCGAAACCAGCUCUUCUGUCCAACAUGAGGAACCACACCCCCAAAUUGAAGAACCAACAGUACCUGAAAAACCAUCAAACCCUCCAACUGCUGUUGAAGAAGAACUACCAAUCAUUGAAGACACCAUUUCCUCAAUUAAUCCUGAGCCUACUCCAUCAACAUCCAAAGAUCUUACUGCUGUGCCCACAGACAAAUCCAUUCCCUCACCCUUCAAGCGAGCAUUGUUUUGGCCUUCUCAGAAAACCAAGUUAAAGAAACGUGCACCAAGAGAGAAAAUUCCUUCUGUUGCUAGUUCGAGUGCUUGGCAAGAUUACUUUUCUAAGAAAGAGAAGGCCAAAAUUGACUUGCAAAAGCAAAAGGAAGAACGGGCAGCUGAAAGAUUGCGAAAGAGGUUGGAGAAAGAAAAACAGACUGCCAAGAAGAGGAAAGUGGAUGACAAUUCUACAUCAUCAUCAUCGGAGGAAGAAAUCAUUCCUAUGGAAUCUUCUGAUGAAUGGAGUGGGGAACAUGAAGAAGAAGAAUGUGUAGAGUUAGAAGAGGUGACUGAUGAAAAUUUGCGGCCUGGAUCUUUUGUUCUUGUGACAUUUAUGGGUGGGAAAAGGGGCGCAACAAAAUACAGAUUUGUUUGCAUUAUCCAAGAAACUGAAGGGGAAGAAGUAAGAGUUAUGGGCAUGCGAGCUCAAGACGAGAGUAAGAAGGUAUUUGUGACAAAAGAAAAUGAUGUUUCUUAUGUAAGUAGGUCACAGAUUAAUGGCAUUCUUCCAUCUCCAAGCAUGAAUCAACAAGGUGCCAGGGUCAACUACAUUUUUAGUGCAUCUGUUGAUGUUAAUGAAAAUUAAGUUUAGAGAACUUGUGGAAGAUUGCACGAACUAAUACAAUUAUUGAACAAUAAUUAAUUAGAUAAUUUUUAAGAAAUAUAACUUUAGGUUUAAUUAUUUUCAAUGUUUUAUUGCAUUUUCAUUAGGCAAAUGUUCAUACUGUUGUGAAAUUUAAUCACGAAACAAAAAUGAUCACUUUAAAGAAUGUUUUUUGACUGAAUAUUUUAAAUACUUGUACAUUUUUUGUUUUACAUGUGUUAUGUAAAAAUGUACUUAAUAACUUCUUAUCACGUUUGUAUUUUCCAAUGUUUAUAUGUAAGUGUUGGCACAAUGUAUCUUGUUUCCAGCUUUAUUUAUUGCGACCAAUUGCGACUGCCGAAAGCAAUGUAUAGGUCGGUAAGUUGAGUAUAAGUAAUAUAAUUUUUAUGUUUGUGUAUUUACAUUACAAUGUUAUGUUAGCAGUUCCAUUUAAUAGUUUGCAUUAUCAUUUAAAAUAAAGUGUUAAACCCAAAAUGGUACUAUAUAAUAAUUGCAAAUUCUUGUUUACAAUCUAUAGGCAUCGAAAUUACGCAUGACGACUACUGGCACAAAGAUGUGACGAGUACUGGUAAAUAUGAAAAUUGGCAUGACGACUACUGGCUCAAAAUAACACUUUUUUUAAAAUUGUAAAUAUACUAAAAUAAUUUGUCUUUAUACAAAAGUGAGUUAUAUUAUUGUAGAGGAAUGUUUGAGGUUCAACUUAAACACAUAAUAAGCGCUAAUACACCAAAAAGGUUAGGUAGGCGAUUUUUUUCCCUUAAAUUGUUCUUAGCAUGACGACUACUGGUGCACUUACCUUAAGCAUCAUGUGAAAGUGAGGUUAGGUGCCGAGGGCACAAGCAGUGGCAGCAAACGUCUUGCAACACUAGAAGAAGUCAAAAAAUUCGGGGAAAAAGUACGAGAGGACAGAGAGAUUUAUUUUGGAUACAACGAGGCUUUUAUAUCUGCCAACAUACCACUCCAGAAAUUAGACAACACCCAAUUACGUGGUUGGAUUAAUAAAAAUGUAAAGGGUGGGGGAGAUCUUCCUACAGCCAGUUCCCUUAGGAGAACAUAUGUUCCAAAAUUGGGAGAGAAAGUGGAAGCACAGUUAAAAGAUGAAUUUGAAGGGGUCAAUAUAUGUGUGCUAUGUGAUGAAACUACAGAUAAAGGAGGGGCAUGUGUUUUCAACAUCCUUUUCAAAAAAUUAGAACCUGCUAGUAGUCAAAACACAAAGUUAGUGGCAUCCAUUGUUCUGGAUGCAGCAAACAAUGCAACAUGUUCUAAAGCAGUUCUGGACACAUUGAACAAGUACAACAUUGAUUACAAUUCAGUGAAAGCUAUAGUAAGUGAUUCUGCUCCUUACAUGAACAAGUGUUUCACCACACUGAGUGGAUUGUUGGUAGAAGCUGUUUAUGUGCAAUGUGGGGCACAUAAGUUGCAUUUAGUAGGCAACACCUUCCAAAGUACACUGCCGCUUCUUAACAAGGCAGUAUCUAAGGUUAAGAAGGCAUUUCUUAACAGCAGAAGGAGAAGAAACCUCUACUUGGUAUUCUUGUCAAAAAAAUAUGGAACAUCCAGUGGCAAAGUCAGGGCUUUUCAUGAACCAGUUUUGACAAGAUGGAAUUCUUGGUUCCAUUCUGUCACUUACCUUUCUGAGUACUUUGAUAACAUAGUGGAAUAUUUUGAAAACAUUGAUGGCAGCUUGGAAUCGGAGAACAGUGGCAUAAGCUGGUUAAAGGACCGCACUGCUGCAGAGGUGGUUCAAAUAAAAAUUGAAGCUGAAUUUGUUUCAGUCCACUGCAGACAACUGUCUGAACUAAUCACAUUCCUGGAAGGUUCUGCUUACACAACAUCACACAUAUUAACCUGUAAACUUGAUGAUUUGGUGAGCAAAAUGCAGCUGUUAAGUGUAGGGCAAGUUGAGCAGUUUGGUGAAUGUAUUGUCCGUUUAUUGAAGAGUCUUUCACUUAAGCUUAAGGUGGAAAAAGUAUCCCUUCUGAAAGCAGCAGCUGUGAAGGCACAUACAAAGUUACAGGAUUUAAAUAAAAAAGAUCCAGCAGGAAAAAUUUUUUCAAGCAUGAGUUCAUUACUGAAUCCUAGAAAAAUAACUCAGCAAACUCCUUCCAAUGAAAUGUUGCAAAGUUAUAUGCACAACAUUCCUUUCAUCAAGAAAAUGAAACUGCAGACAUUUUUAGAAGGAUACCAUGCCAUGAAGAAUGUAGUUGUGGAAGAGCUGGGAAGGCCACAUUGUUCGGACAUAGACAUGGUAACCCUUAUGUGCUCUCUGAAAACAGACCACCCACAUUUUGCUUCAGUUUGUUUGAAGGCUUUGUGGCUGCCUACAAGCAAUGUUGACAGUGAGAGGUCCUUCUCACAUUAUUCACUCGUAGUAAGUGACCGGAGCCGCAGGCUGUUACCAGAAAAUGCUGAAAUUCUGACAAUGAUUAAUUUCAACAAGACCUGAAGUGUGUAGCGUUAACAUGACUAAAGUUUAACCACUUUUAUUGUAACAAAACUUUUGUACAUACAGCAUUCAUUUCUUAAUUUUUAAUUGUUCGUAAUCAGAAUAAUAGAAACGUAAGAGUGCACAAAUAAAUUUUGUUCUAAAUUUGUGAUCAUCAGUACGGUGCUUUAAACUUUUGAAAAAAAUGUCGUAAGUACCGGUAGUAAAAAAAUUUCUUUUUUUAAAAUAUCGUUUUAAAAAACGUUUUCCUAUAAAAACACAAAACACCGCAAUUGCUGAUUAUUGAAACGAAAUUGGCAUAAAAAUAACACCGCUUUUUCCCAUCACUACCUAUCACUCACGUGACUACUCUACACUGCAUCUUCUCCAGCUCCUUUACGUCAGUCACUAGGUUGGGGUCGCAGAUCACAGCCACAUACUCCAUCGCUGGCCUGACCAGUGUGGACUAUGUCUUCUCCCUUACCCUCUUCCCUGCUCCCGGUAGGGUCCUGCCAAGCAACCCCAGCACCCUUCUCGCCGUACUCAACCAGAGACACCCCUAGGUACUUUAAUUAUCAGCCUCCUUUAUCACCUGCCCCUUCCAGCUAUACACAUUACUUACUCAUUACUUUCCUCUUCCUCGUGAAUGUAACCACCUUCAUCUUUUCAACAUUCAGUGACAUCCUAUCUUCCUCUGUCAUCAUUCCAAGUCUGCUUAUGUCAUCUUGUAGAUUUACCCCUUCCUCCAUCACCUCAUACACUAUGCAAUCAUCCGAAAAUUCUCUCAUCCUGGCCUCCAUGCCCUCUUCAGUAUCGUUCAUCAUUAUAGUGAACAACAUGGGCCUCAACACACUCCCUUGUGGCACUCCUGACAUCACUUCCCCCUCUUCAGACUUUUCCCUUCCCACCCUCACCCACUGUCUCCUAUCCCUCAGGAAGAGUCCUACCCAACCAACCUUCCUCUCCUCCUCUUACAAGCAUCUCUACUACCUUCUCCGUUAGUCUCUGCAGUACCUUUUUGAAUGCCUUUUCAAAGUCUAUGAAAAUUGUAUCUAUCUGCUUCCCCCCGCCCAUCACCUGCACCUGAUCUUCUAGCAACCCCGCCAUCUGUGUUUCACACGAGAACCCUCUCCUGAAACUAAGCUCUCUAUCGCCCACUCAACUUAGAUAAUUCAUUAUUCCUUCCACUUACCGCCCACCAGCCUCUCCAUAACUUUGUCUACAUAGUAAAUCAGGUUGUGUGGUUUAUAGUUCGCCGGAUUUGCUUUAUCCCUACCUCCCUUGUAAACUGGUACCACUACCGCUUCCUUCCAUUGAUUUGGCAAUUUCCCUACCUCGAAGGAUUAUAGGAACAUCACCGUUAGGUAUCUGCAUACCUCCUUACCCCCCAAGUUAAGGUGGCUGUUCCCUAUCUUGUCUGGUCCUGCUGCCUUCUUUCCCUCCAAACUUCUGACCCCCUUUUGUACCUCUUCUAUCCGAAUCUCUAAACCCCUCCAUUAUACUGUCUUUUCUACUUUCCAACCCUCCCACACCUCUUCCCUUAAAAUACAGAUAGGUAUUGCUCCUGUAGCAAGUUUGUCUUUUCCUUGUCCCCUGUCCCCUGUGGAAUUAAUAACUGAGUACUUGUUGAAAAUAAAGGGGAAAGUUAUUUAUACAACCUGGAAUGUAUUACUUUAAAGUUUGCCUGGAACCUAGGUAGGACACUCCAAGCAGUAUCUGUCUGUCUGUAGGCUUAUCAGUUAUGCUUGCCUUGCAUGCUGAGGCAUGCUUAUCUGCUGAUGUGCAGCAAGUCUGAGUCACAACAUUAGAUAGUGAAUACCUAGAAGUCUUGCCAGUAGACAGCCUUAGUAGCAAGCUAGCAGUAGUGCUGAGAGUGGAAAUAACAUAUUUUUCUCAGUGCUUUUUGUUCAAUACAAACAUUUUUUUUAUUAAUGCAGUAUAUAUGACCAAGUUAGACAGUGAUAUUGACUUUUUUUCUCAGAGAUGUUUCUAUGUUAUUAACUGUUAUUAAUUUAUAGAGUGAUGUCAUGUUAAAAGAAUGGAGUGUUCUGUUGGGAUAUUCGUUAGAGAGGUAUGUCAUAAUUUAGCCUAUAGUAGAUCAUCCAAACUCAAAACAUUAAGUGAUGUUAGUGAUGAGAAAAAAAACUUCUAAUUUUGAGAUCAGGUUGUGAAAACAUAAAAAAACAUUUGUACGUAUCAUGAAAAAAAAAAAUAUUGACAAAUAUUUUCAUAUUCAUGGAAAACGUUGUUGUGAUCCCUACCAACUUCGCAAGAAAACUCUUCGAGAAAUAACCCUCACAACUGCUACAAACUGCAAUGUUUGAUUCCUGGUAAAGCUUUGUGCUCCAAGUGCUUACAAAACGUACAAACUUCUUCACAUAUUUCAGGUGAUGACACUGAACAACCUCAUGAUUUGUUUGAACCAGAAUGUGUUUUGGUAGAGUCAGUUAAUACAGCAUGUUCAGCACUUGGUGUAUCUCCAGUUGAGGUACAGAAACUCUCAAUGUAUGCUAGACCACCUGUUUUAAAAAAGAAGGUGUCUAAGAUUUCUGCAGUUGUAUCUGAUAAGCUACAAACAUUUUUCAAUUUAGAAUCAUCAUUACAAGAUGAAGAGGACACGAACUGCAAUUAUUUACAAAAUUUAGGUGGUGAAUAUGAAUCACUUAUCGAGGAACUUAGAAAAAAGUUCAGAACUGCAGAAACUACAAAAGAGAAAGUAGUAAUUCUCAUAUUAUUGCCUAAAUUGAAAAAAUCGAGACUUAAUUUUAUGCUAAUCAGUACUUAGUUCGAUUGACCCAUAACCUGAAAAAAGAGGAUGGAGUUUUGCCUGAUAUUUUGAGUAAAAAAGUGGGGGAAAAGUGGGACGAGUUAACCAUCGUGAAAGUGCAAACAUUUUAUGAAAAUGAUGAGUAUAGUCGUUUGAUGCCCGGGAAGAAAGAUUGUGUAUCUGUAAGAAAAGAUGGCGUAAAAACUAACACUCAAAAAAGAGAUAAUAGCCCCAACAUAAAAAUAGGAUUCUCUAAAUUAGAGAGUUACGACCAAAAUAUUGUGUGCUUACAGGUUAUGCUGGUACUCAUUCUGUGUGUAUGUAAAAUGCACCAAAAUGUUAAACUUAUGCCUGCAGCUAUAAAAACUAAACUUGAUUACAAAGAACUUCUGAGUAAGAUGGUUUGUGAUUUAAAUAAUGAAAAGUGUAUUACCUCACAGUGUGAAAUGUGUCCUGGUAAUGAAAAAGUUAGGGACGUCGUCAUGGAAGAUAUUGGAGCAUUUGAAAUCUGUGAAGUCAAAUAUAAACAAUGGUUAUCAACCGAUAGAUGUCAACUUCUAGAACUUGUAGCUACACCUGAAGAAUUUUGUGAUAAUUUAUUGGAAGGUCUUAGUGACUUAAAACUACAUCAUUACAUAUCAAAACAACAAUCUCAGUAUCUAAAAUCCCUAAAAGAAAACCUUAAAGAAAAUGAGUAUAUUAUCAUGGGUGACUUCUCAGAAAACUUUACAUUUGUAAUGCAAGACGAGAUCCAAAAUUACUAUUGGGUUAACUCUCAAGCCACUCUUCACCCUUUUGUCCUGUAUUUUAAGUCUGGAGGUAAACUGGAAAGUGAAAGUUAUUGUGUAAUUAGUGAUUCAUUAGAACAUAGCACUGUUGCAUUUUAUUGUUUUCAGAGGAUUAUCCUGCAGCACAUAGUCAUCACACAUUGGCAUUGUUAAAAUCUUUUACUUUUCAGAUGGCUCUGCAGCACAAUAUAAGAAUAAGAAAAACUUUAUCAAUUUUUGUCACCAUGAAAUUGACUUCGGUUUGAAAGCAGAAUGGCAUUUCUUUGCUACUUCUCACGGCAAAGGUCCAUGUGAUGGAGUUUGGGGCCCUUGCCCAUCUUUUUAUGAAAUGCGUCCGUCACCCACCUGCCAUCCGUCAACAAGCGGAGCGGUUCACACUGGUCUGCACGUCCAUCAAAUACUUUUCCAUUUUGGUGCUGCCAACAGACUAGAAGGUUUUAAUAAUGGUGAAAAUUUCUCUUCUAUAGGUUUGCUUAUCAUUGAAGUUAAUCACUUAUAUAUCAUUAGACUCAAUUUUUAUCGCUCGCUCUGAUAUUUAUUAAUAUAUUUUCAGUUUUUCAUGUGUAAUUCUUAAACUUUUAUGAUUCAGGCAAUUUUUCUAUCAAACAUCACACUUUAAAAUGAGUUCAAACGAAAGUUAGAAACAUUUAAACUAAUGUAAGCUAAACAAACAUAAAAACCUUUUAAGUUAAUAAAGGUUUCCCGGUAACAGGGUUCUUGCUAACACUUUGGAGGUUAUUUCACCCGUCCUUUGAAAGUUAAAUCUUGGUAAGGUUUUUACUGUUGGAUGAAUGUAAUUUUCUGGGCCAUCUGAUUGGCUGCAGGUCACGUGAUUGACGAAUGACACACAGACAGGUGAUGAACGGACGAGAUGGAUCAUUGUGAGUCCAUCUUUAGGUAGUAAGUAGAUCAGCUUAUUAUGUAGGUUCAAUGUCAUGGUGACCAACAAGGUCUGUAUUUUAUUGGGUUGAAUAUUUUUAUAGCAGUUUCUGAUGUUUAAUUAUUGUGAUUUAGAAAAGCCAUUUAAUGGCAUGUUUACUGAUUUUAGCAAGGUUGUGUAAGUGUGAUUUGCAGUUUUUUAUUUCAUUUAAAGGAUGGAAAAGACAGGUGCACUACAUACGGAACCAAUUUUUCAGACAGUUUAUCAGUUCCAGAGACGUUCUGGUGCUUUCCAUAUGUAUUUCUUAUGAUUGGAAAAUCAUUCCCAUGGGAGGCUCUAAAUUUAUCAGAGUUUGGUGCCAGCAAAUCAGCAAAGACUUUGUGAUAUUGUAUUUUUUUCUUACAGAAACACCUUAAGGAAAGGGUACCUAAUGUAUUUUGUAUGGUAAUGUGUCUUGUAUGUAAGAGCUAGGCUGCGAUUGUUAGGUGAGGUCCCAUGGCUGCUUCUUCCCAGUGUGGCUAUAGGCUGUUGCGUAGCCUCGGAUGGAUUUUCUUUUGUUUGAGGCACAUGACUCUGAUGAGCGAGCCACAGAAAGGAUUUUAUGUUUGGUACAUCACAGCAUUGUGUAAUGGACAUGAAUUUGCAAUGGAAGAAGAAAAAAAUUAUCAAGUAAUUUCAAACUCUUUUAUUUAAAAACAACCAUUAGAAGUUUCUGGUAAAUUAAUAGUCAUAGACAUAAUUUUACAAUCAACUACCUGCAACAUCAGAUGGAAUAUUUUUCAAGUUUUUUUUUGUUUCUGCAAGGAAAGAUCAUCAUAUUAGCUAGGCACGAUUGUGACUUGUCAUAAAGUAUGCUAUUAAGUAUUAAUUAUUAUUUUAAUAUCAUCUUAUGUUGAAAAUUAGGUCAUUAAAGCCUUAUGAAUACAUCAACUUUACUGAGUUUAUUAGACACCAAUAUUUCAGGAAACUGGAAUAGUUAGAAUGUUGGCUGUACCACGACUCAAACCGAGUGCUCAGGAACGUACAGCAUCUUUGUGGUGUUGGAGAUGUUUAAAACUGGAUAUCUGAAUGUUUUGUGGGAAAAUAUAAGCUAAAUUCCUUCCCUUUUUUUUGCAUUAUGACUUGUUAAUGAUUUAAUUGGAGACACCUACAACUAUCAGUACAGUGAAAUAAGACGAAGGGGUCAUACCAUGUCAGUUCAUCCAGGGCAUGUAACCCAUGUUUUUUGAUUUUAAUAAAAAUUGGUUCAAUUGUUAGGUGACAAAAGGCCACUUAAAAUCCAAAAUUUUAGAUUUUUAUCUCAAAUACUUCCUGAGACAUGGAAGGUUCCUUUGUGACCAUUUUUGGCCUAAAACAGGUUGUAAUGACAGCAUAAAUUGCUCAGUAUCUGUGUUUCCUUGCUUUGUAUUUCACUGUAAUAACAAUAAUUCAGAAUAAGAACACUUUUCCUUAUGUAAAAUUCUCUAGAGAAUUCAAAUUUUGCCACCAAAUUGCUAUAUCUAUAAUGGUUUGUAAGUUAUAACAGAAUUAUUAACAUGACUGAUGUUUCAUGUAUCAUCUGCAUACUUUAUUACAAAAUAGACUGUUUCUCAAAAGGCAGACCUCACAAUAAAAUGAGCUUGGUACUAUGUGAAAGAGGAGGAAAUUUUCUAUAAGAUACAUUAAAAAAAUAGUGGCUUUCUGCUGGAGUGUUAAAAAACAAAAUGAAAAUGACUUGGUGAUGUAAAUGGGACCCAUAUCAAAAGGCAGCCAGAAGAUGGAAGCAAAGAGGAUCGAAUAUAAGGGUUGUGUAUGUCCCAUAUUUUCCGCAUAUUACACAAGGAUUUUGUGCAAAUUUCAAAGCCUCUAGUAACCUUCCCUGUGUUAUGUGAAGAGCCAUGUCAUGUGACUGCAUAUGUCAUUUCUGCAUGGAGUCUGCCUGCUAGCUAUAAGAGAGGGGUUCUUUGAUACUUGCUCUGUUCCCCUUGGCAUUGGUAUUUUUUUCUGCUUCCUCAGAGGCAGUUGAGAGAUAGGCCUAAUAUCUGGGCUGUCACAGCAAAUGCAGUAUAGUGGCCCAUGUACAGAGGGGCAAAAGUGAGGAAAGCAAUAAAGAUAACCGGGUCAGAUAAAAGGCGUGUGUCUGCCACCAUGCAGACUAAACUUUGUAGGCCAUUCUUACUGCGCUGCCUGUGUAUAAUGUUAGUAGAAAGUCUUAGUUCAUUAUAAGUUGGAUGAGAAUUACAUAGCUACCAGUACUACUAAACUAGAAUUCUGUUCUGUUGGGAAUGAUAUGCAUGUAGAAUGCCAUAAAGAGUGUUAUAUUAAAACAAAGGGAAUCAAAAGAUUGGAAUCACUUUCCAAAGAUAUUCAAACUCUUCUUGUGCUGAGAACAGGUAUUUAUAAACAUAAUCUUCACACCAUAUGUUUUCAUCACAAAUUUAUGAAAUGUUUCAGACAUCAUGUUGUGAUCCUAUGAAAGUGCAUAGUGUUCCAGUUAAGCGUUCUUUGCGCACAAUCUCUUUACAGUGCUACAGAAAAGCAGCAGACAAGGGACUUAAUUUAAUUCCUGGUAAAAAAUUAUGCUCCUCAUGUAGGAAUAGGUUGUAUAAUAUUCAAGAAGUAGGUGCACAGGUAACUUCAGAAUCAUCUGAAAGUGACGUUGCAGAGGGUUUAGAGAUUCAAGCAUCAAAAGAAGAAACCCGUAGCUUACUUGACAAAACUUUGUAAUAUUUGCAACAGUCACCAAUAAAACUGCAUGCUGUACCACAACAUGCAAAAGAAAAAUAUGGGAAACGUAAAGUACAAGAGGUAUAAUCAGCUAUAGCAGACAAAAUAUCUAAAGUAUUAGAUAAACAGCUACCAGCCACAUCAACUAGUAAAAGUACAGAAUUACAGAGGCAUGAAGUGGAACAAAAGGCUGCCGAUUUGGACCGUUUGGUAACUUUAAUAAAGCAAAAGCUGCCCACAAUGAAUAGACAAAGAAAAUUACAAAUUCUUACCCUUAUCCCUCAAUCAUGGUCCAGACAGAAGGCAGCACAAGAAUUUGGUGUAUCUGAGUACAUGGUAAGACAAGCAAGACAACUUACACUGGAAAAAGGAAUCUGCGCAUUAGUUCAUCCCACAUGUGGGAAGAAGUUACCUGAAGUAUCUGUGCAGGUCAUUCAAGAUUUCUAUCAAGAUGAUGAGUUUUCCAGGGAAAUGCCAGGAAUGAAAGAUAAAGUUAGUAUAUCCAAAAAUGUUUACAAACAGAAAAGACUUUUGCUAUGCAACUUGCAUGAGCUGUAUUGUUCUUUUAAGGCAAAAUAUCCAUCUCUCAAGGUAGGGAUUUCAAAGUUUUGUACAUUGCGUCCUAAAUGGUGCAUUUUAGCUGGAAGUUCUGGAACCCAUUCCGUCUGUGUGUGCACUAUACACCAAAAUGUUGAAUUACUUCUUCAAUGUCUUGGUGUAGGUGAAAAAUAUAGUUCACUUAUUUUGUAUCUUGUAUGUGACAUUUUAAAUCCUGCCUGUAUGCUAAGACAAUGUGAGCAAUGUCCUUCUCCAGAUACUCUAAAGCAGCAUCUAUAUCAUACUUUAGACUGUGAUCCAGAUGAUGUGUAUGUAUAUAUAUAAACAGUGGGUCAGUACAGACAGAACACAAUAACAAACCCUUACCUCAAGUGUAAGACUUUAUGGAAAUUUUAGUACAAACAAUGGAACUCCAUAUACCCCAUUCCUAUACCACAAAGAAACAAUCGGACUUCCUCAAGCAGCUGAAAGAGAAAAUAAGUGAAAGAGACGUUAUAGCUUUAUUAGAUUUCGGUGAAAAUUUUUCCUUUGUUAUCCAAAAUGAAGCACAAGGAUACCAUUGGACCAAUAGUUAAUGUACAGUUCAUCCAGUAGUCAUUUACUACAAACAUUCAGAAAAUGCUAAUUUGAAAACAAGCAGUCAUUGUUUUUUGUCAAAUGAUUUGGAUCAUGUUUCAAUGGUGUAUAAAACACAGUCAGAAAUAGUCACAUAUGUUAAAAGACACCUGCCUCAUGUAAAACACAUAUGUACAUUAUUUCAGUCAGUGGCGAAUAUAGGUUAUAAUUUUGGGGGGGGCCCAACAUGACCGAGCGUACCAACAUUUAUGCUUGCUUUUUUUUUAAUCAACAUCAUUUAAUGAUUAUGUAAGUUUACAAAGGGUUUUGAGGAAAGUUUUAGAACUAAACAAUAUAUGUAUUAUUUAUAUUUAUUUAUGUUUUGGUUUCCGGUUAUUUUUAUAACAGAACUGCAUUGAUUUUUUAUUAUAUAAUAACACAUUGUUUUGAAAAACGUGCGUAUUUAACAUUUAAUUGUAUUCACGUUUAUAUUAAUUUCCAUUUUCCCUUUACUUUUUUCUAUUUUACUUAAUGUGUUACCUUUUUUUAGUAAAGAUUUUUUUCCCUUUUGUCCCAACAACCCAACAAAAGUAAAUUUUGUACAAUGGAAAAGAAUGUUGGUUUAUUAUUUUUGAGCUAUAAAAAGGGUGUAAUUAUGUAAAUACAUUUUAAAAAUUCACUUUUUAUGUAACAUUUACAAAACGAAGUCCAGAUUUCUUGGUUUACUAGCAAAUUUAUCAAGUACUUCUUCAUCGCUUAUUUUAAUGUCUCUAUGGAUCGAAAGUAAUGCUAAUCCAUUAAGCCUAGUUUCUGAUGUGGUAUUUCUUAUGUAAGUCUUCAAUCUUCUUAAGCUUUAGAAGCUUCUUUCUACGGUUGCGACAGAAACAGGCAGAACUGCUAGCAGUUUCAAGAGAUUAUAAAUGUUAGGGAAGAAAGUCUUGUCACACUUUUCUAGAGAACUAAUGGCUGUUUUAGGAAGAUUUUCUGAUAUUUCCUGACUCCACUUUUCUUUCCACAACAUAAACUCACUUUGCACGACCUCUCUAUGUGACAAAUCAUCUUCGUAGAAAUUGAAAGCAGCUUCCAAUGAACAUAAAUCUGUUUUGAUACAAAAUUCUGGAAGGAUUUGUUGUAAGGAUGCAACUGUAUCCUUGUGAGAUUCAAAGCGUUCUUUCAGUGAAUUACAAAAAUCAUCAAGGUAAGGUACAUAAACAGCUCGUCGGUAGUAUUCUUCUUCUGUGCUGUAAGGGACGUUGUUGCGGGCUGUUUGAAGGCGACAAACUCUAGGAAUCUCUUCUUUAAUGUCGAGUUUUGUAGCAAAUUCCUUUACUUGAGCAUACAGGGAUUUGAAGUUGUCAUUGGCAUUUUCCCUUUGUUUAGAUAGCAGAUCUAAGACACUUGUAACAUUUGCAAUGGCUUGAGAAAGAUCUAUGUUUUUUCUUUGAAGGUUCACAGAUAAGUUAUGUGUAGUUGACAGCAUCUGGCUCAAAAAAAAAAUAUUAACAAGAAAUUGAAAUUGACUGAUAGAACUACUAAGAGCAUGUGCCUUAGGUGCUGAGUCACUUGAUUCUUCUUCUAUUUUCAAAAGAGAGAGAAGAAUUGGUUCUAAAAUCUCUUUAAAUAAAAUCACUGAGUCGUGCCUUUCCACCCAUCGUGUUUCACAUAAUGAGAUAAGUUUCUUUUUUUUUCUGUUCAGGACAACAGUCAGAUAUCGUUGAUUUCAAUAUUUCAGUUCUUUUGGCUGACAUAUGGAAGAAUCCGCAGACUUCUUUGAUAACGCCCAUACAAUUUCUUAUAGAAGGAAUUUUACUUGCAUCUGACAAACACAAAUUUAGACUAUGUGAAGAACAAUGUGUGUACAAAGCUAGUGGUAGUUUUCCUUUGAUAGCAGCUUGUACCCCUCUGAAUUGCCCUCUCAUCGUGGCAGCGUCAUCGUAUCCUUGACCUCUCAUUUUCGUUAAGUCAAGCCCUAAAUUUGACAAGGUCUCUAACACUGUGUUAGCUAAGCCUGCCCCAGUAACGUCAUAAACAGGGACAAAAGUUAGGAAAUCUUCUCUAAUAUUGUAUGACUGGUCUUCAACAUACCGUACACAAAGAGAAAACUGUUCUAUUUGGCCAAUGUCAGUUGUUUCAUCUGCUAAAACGGAAUAAAAAAUAGAAUUCCUGACAUUUUUCACAAUUUGGGAUUGGAUUAAAUGACCAAACGUGUUAAUGAGCUCGUUUUGAAUAAAAGAACUAGUGUACAUGCUCCUCCCUCCACUGUUCAUUAACUGGUAUUUUAGGUCAUUAUCACCACUGUUUGCUCUGUAUCUCAGCAGUGAUCGAAAAUUUCUGUCAUUAUUUUCUGGCUCUUCUUGGCUUAUACGUCCACUGUCACGAUGACCUCUUAGUGCGAUUUGCUGUCUUCCACAAAAUCUUAUUGUUUGUAUGAUAGGGAUCAGUCUUUCCCUGUUUUUUUCAAUAUUCAAUCUCCUUUGAGCAUUGACUUGAUUUAUAACACACUCAGUUUUUUUUGUAACAAUUGAUUUUGUGUUUUCAGCAAUCGAAACUGAUGUUUUAUGGUACGUGCAAUUUUUAUGUUUACGAAAAAUUUCCUUGGCUUUUUUCAAAUUACUAAAAGCCCUUGUUAUUAAUGCUCCUGUUUCUUGGUGAUCUCCUUUUCCUACACUUUUGGAGUGUGAAAAUAUUACGCAAUAUUUACAAAAAGACCCUGAUUUUUCUUCAGAGAAAGCUAACCACUCAAAUUCUUCUAGCCAUUUCAUUUGAAAAGAUCUAGUAUGAUUUGAACUAGAAGAACUACUAGAAGUAGAAGGAAAUUUGUAUACAGGAUGAGGUUUCCAAAUAUUUUCUACAAGCGUAAUUUUUUCUUCAUUCGUUAACGAACGAACGGAAUUGCUUUGACAAUAGUUUCCAAUAUCAUAUAUAUUUUUUCUUACUUGCUUGAAGUCUUCCGCAGCUGGUGCUGGAUCAAUGGCACUAGUACUUGCGACACCAGAAGAAACAUUGUUACUGGCACAGUCAACGUCAGCACUGUCACUAACAGGUCUAUUUACACUCUGUUUUUUCGUAAAAAAGUUUUGAAUAGAAGCUUGUCUCUUCAUUAUUAAUGCAGAUUACUUAAAUAAAAAUUAAAUAUUCCAGAACAGGAACAUUCAGAUGAUCGCAGAUACAUUCACCAACUCAAUAACAAUAAACACAGCUACAGAUACAGAUAAACCAACUUGACAAACAAGCAGAUAAAGCAUUAUAACACACGUGCCAACAACAUAAGAAUGAACUAUGGAAAAGGGAGGGCACAGAACGGAGAGUCCAAUGUAAACAAUUGAGGACAAGUUUCAGCGCUCCAAGCGGAAGCGCAGUGAAGUAACGCUUAGACAGCCCGCGCAAGAAAGGCACAAGUGAAUGCUAAUGUUUUCAUUGGUUUAUUUUUGCUGCACCUACUCACAAACAUUCGUUAACGCACAACAUUUAUUUUGUAUGGUAUUUAAUACUCUAAAUUAUGUUCCUAUAAGAGGAGUAAAAUAAAUCUGACAUUGCGUUUAGAAAUGUGGCGACGGUACAUAGCUUCUACAAAGUAAGUGGGUGCGCGACACUAGUCCGGCUGGCUGGCGCGACGGCGGCAGGCGGCAUCAUGACGGCUUACCUCUCCAUCCCCUGGAUAAUAUUCUCUCCUUGCCACCCCUCGUAAAACCUAAGCAUACGUAAAUUCGGGGUUCAAUGUAACUUUAAUUAUUGGAUUUGGAAUCCUAAAUGGUAAGAGUAUCACCUGUCUAACAAAGUUCCACUUUGCCUGAAAAAACUUAUGCACAACCACGAAACCACGAAACAUUAUAAGGGUCUAAAAAAUAUAUGUAAUUCUAAUAGUUUCAUUUUCUUAAAAAAUAUUUGUGUAGUGCUUAAUUAAUGUUAUCCUGCACUAUAAACUUUAGUUAUCAGCCUUACAUGC